AUGUUCGACGAGGUGACGAAGUAUAGCGAAGCAACCAACGUCCGAGCCAUCGCACAAUGGUCGGACUCUUCAGGUAGGAGCGAUGGCGGUUUCGCAAGCUUCUUUUACAUGCAAGAUACUGAGUUGCAGAAGAGUAACCUGGCAGACGAGGAGCUUUUCAUGUUGUUCGGUAACAAUGAUUUUGACCUGGAGCUUGCAUGA